CCUUACAACUAAUUUACCAUAACCCUGUUUUUUAUUUUAUAAGUUUUAUUAUAAUAUAUAAACUUUUAUAUAUUAUUUAAAAAUGAUCAUUUUAACUUUAUAUUUUGGAUAUUAAUAAUAUUAUUUUUUGUAGCAAAAUUUUUUUGUAAUUACACGUGAGUGUUAAAAUGCGCUUUUGUGAGUACUUCUUUUAUAAAUAAUCAGGCAGAAUAUAAUUUUUUAAAAUGUAUGUAGGUGUUUUAAUGUUCAAAGUCGAAUCUAUUUAUAUAUACAUGCAUAUCCUGAUAUUAAUGAAAUAUCUGGUCAAUGAAGGAGAAUAAUGCAAUAGUAUUGAUGUUAUGUUGAUUCACAAAAGGAAAUUUUGUGACUCGCCCUACUUGGAAUUGUAUAUAUAUGUAUACAUAAUACAUAUACGUAUAUAUACUCUACGAGACAAAACUAAUUACAAUUUGGAAUACUAAAGUGACACUUGAAAUUAGUGUAUUAAAGUUGAAAUUACCUUAAAAAAAAAUAAGUAACAAUGGCAUUCAGAGACUUGGUUGAGAGUGAUUGUGGAGGAUUGAAUCCGUUGAUGCGAUUCACCUCGCAUUUCGUUCAGGAUCAUGGGUUUAAAGAAGAUGGGGUUCAUGAUCAUUUUGAUUCUCGAGAACCCUUUGAAUCUACAAGUUCAGAUCAACUCGUAAAACAAUUUUUAGAAGAGAAUUCAAUGCAUCCACAAACAUUCAAAAUGGAUCAUUUGUUGCAAGAGAUGAGAGAAAUUGAUCAGAAUGUUUAUCCUCCAGUUAUGAGUCCGUGUGUCGCAAAAGAAUUGACUGGUCAGGAUACAGCAUGGGCAACACAGUAUCUUCAAUCAGGAAAACAUUUUGAUGAAAAUCAUGCUGAGGAUAUUUGGAACUCUCCUGCAAUAGAACGACCGAUGGCAACAAAAGAGCCUUUAACUUUUAUUCCAGGAGAGACUUAUGAACUUGGAUUAGGACCAAAAUGGGCUGAGGAAUAUUUAGAGCAAAAUAUUGAAAAUGCGGAAGAUAAUGAAAAAAAAAGUGAAGAACUUACUGAAAGUGUAAAUUUGGAAGAGCCUAACAUUGCAUACUCAAAGUUUAUGAAAUUUAUGCGCCAAGAGGAAAGUAAUUCUAUAGAACAAAAGAAUAAGUGGUCUUCAGAAUUUAUUGAAGAAAAAAUUAUUAAUGAUGCUGUUGAUGAUGAGGAAGAUGAUGCUGUUGCUGAAUUGUCUAAAGAAAACAGCGUAGUCUUAAAUAAAGUUGAAGAAGAAUUGUCUAUUGCUGGUACUUGGGUUGACGAAUUUAACAAAACGGUUGCGAAAGGUACAGAUAAUUAUGAAUCAUCAUUUUGGAAACGUCUCCAAGGCGAAUGGGAUAAGAUUUUGUCUUCUGAAAAUAUCUCUGCUACACAUCCAUGGAUAUCAGAAUAUAACACAUAUUACGAUCCUUUCAAAGAAUAUAAAUUUAAUGAGAACAAUCCAAUGUCUAAUUUGGCCAAUGCUUUCGAAGAAGGGAAAAAAAGAUUAGCAAUUGGUGAUCUUCCAAGUGCAGUUCUUUGCUUCGAGGCGGCUGUAACGCAGGAUAAUAAUAAUGUAGAAGCGUGGCUUCUUCUUGGAAAAACUCAGGCUGAAAAUGAACAAGAUUCAAUGGCAAUUUCGGCCCUGAAGCAAUGUUUAACCCUUGACCCUGCAAAUUCAGCUGCUUUGAUGUCUCUUGCUGUUUCCUACACAAAUGAAUCGUUUCAAAGUCAGGCAUGCUUGACGCUGAAAGAGUGGCUCUUGAAAAAUGAAAAAUACAAACAUCUUACACCUUUAACGCCGUUUACUCAACCCACACAGACAAGAGUAUCUACUAUUUUGUUUAACGAUGUUCACAAUGAAGUAAAAGAUUUAUUUAUACAAGCUGCUAGAUUGCAGCCGAGUGAAACAAUAGAUCCGGAUGUUCAGUGCGGACUUGGUGUACUUUUCAAUUUGUCAAGUGAAUAUAAUAAAGCUGCAGAUUGUUUUCGAGCAGCAAUACAAGCCAGACCUGAUGAUGCAAAGUUAUGGAAUCGAUUAGGUGCAACAUUGGCUAAUGGUCAAAGGUCGGAAGAAGCCAUUGAUGCCUAUCAUCACGCUUUAGAUUUGUCGCCAGGUUUUAUUAGGGCUCGCUAUAAUCUUGGAAUCUCUUGUAUAAAUCUUGGAGCGUACAAAGAAGCUGGAGAACAUCUUCUCACUGCUUUAAAUCAACAAGCUGCUGGAAGAAAUCUUUUAGGAGAAAAAGCCCCACCAAAAGCAAUGUCCGACACAAUUUGGUCUACAUUACGUUUAGUUGUAUCACUUAUGCAUAAAUUUCAUCUUAAUGAAGCCAUAGAAAACAGAGAUCUAGCUACAUUAAAUAAUGAGUUUGAAAUGGAAUAAAUAGUACUAUUGGGAAUGUAGGGUUAUAAAGAUUUUCUACUUUAAAAUUAUACGUCAAAAAAAUAAAGGUACAUGUAUAUUAAAUGUCGAUUAAAAUUAAAAGUUAUCAGUAGAGGUCAAUAUACAAUUUCAUUAAACUAGACUAAAGCCUAAGUAUAUACAGAGAUGAUAUUUUUGGUACGACAAAUUUUUUUUUAAUUAAUCACCAGGAAUAAGUUUCAAAUUUUUAAUUUUCCACAGAUUCAUGUAAUCAUCCAGUUACACCUUUAUACAAUGAAUAAAUGUUUAGUUGAUAAAUUUGAAAAAAACAAUUAAUAAAUAUAUUUACAUCUGUUAA